AUGAGCCCUCCGUCUCAGCCUGCCAAGGCCAACACCACCAACAACAACAGCAACAACUCACCUCCAGACUCUCACGCUUCUGGCAACAUGUCAGACAACGAGUCUGCAGCCCCUUCUGCCAAUGGCUGGCCAGUAAAGGAGCCGCCUUCUCCAAGUGGAAGUGCCCAUUCUGGCUCAGACAUGGACGAAAAGCCCGGCGAAGCUGGAUCCAACGCCCCUGUGCAGAAGCGUCGUCGUGUCACCAGAGCGUGCGACGAGUGCAGGCGCAAGAAAAUCAAGUGCGAUGGCAAGCAGCCUUGCACCCAUUGCUCAGUUUAUAGCUACGGUGAGCCUCCCUCCUUGGUGCCGUUCCGUUGGUGCACAAGACUAAUGUCCGCAGAAUGUACAUAUGACAAGCCUUCCAAUCGGCGGAGGAACCCUGCGCCCCAGUACAUUGAGGCAUUGGAGAGCCGCCUGCAGCGCGCGGAGACUCUCCUGCGCAAGUUUAUUCCAGACGUUGACUUGGCUGACCCGACACUGGAUCCGGCCGUCCAGCAAGAAUUCCGCAACAGAGAGCACAGCAGAAUCCAGAGUGCCAAGCUCAGGCACGACCCCUUUGUAGCUCCCGAGAAGGAGGACCCCCAGCUUCUGUCCAUGAUCGAGUCCAUUGGCCAGCUGGACCUUGACGACAAGGGCGGCUGGGACUUUCACGGCGUCUCGUCCGGUGCCGUCUUCUUGCGGCGCAUGAAGGAGCACUUUCGAGGCAUGAUGGGCCCCGUCACAAAGGUGCCUUUCCUCCCACGGCCAGACAGACCUGCGGGCCUCAUCAACCUGGACUCGCCAGCAUCUGCAGCCAGCUCCCCGUUCGACUCGACAAUGUCCACCGCUCCGGAGCUUCCCCCGAAAGACGUGGCCAAGAGCCUCUGCUACCUGUCGCUCAACUGUGCGACGUGUCUGAUCCGCAUCGUCCACGUACCAACCUUUUACCAAAUGUUUGAUCGAAUCUACGAGAAGCCAUACGACGACUACACCAAGGAGGAACACAAGUUCCUCGGCCUCCUCUACGCCGUCAUGGCCCUGGGCUGCAUGUACAGAAACCUGGACGAGAAUGCGCCCCCCGUGGCCUACAAGGAAUCCGUCGACGAAGGAAUGAAGUAUUACGAUACCGCGAGGCGCAUCCUGCAAGACAUUACAGAGUGCCGAGACCUGACCUCGCUGCAAGCCCUGCUCUUUAUGAUUCUUUUCCUGCAAGCCACCUCGAACUUGAGCGGGUGCUACGCGUUUGUCGGAAUCGCCCUCCGGUCGGCCCUGCGCAUAGGUCUGCACAGGUACUUGAAGCACGAGAAGAUUUCCAUCAUUGAGCAGGAGGUGCGGAAGCGAGUAUUCUGGGUCAUUCGGCAAAUGGAUAUCUACGUGUCGGCCAUGCUCGGGUUCCCGUUGAUGCUCAACGCGGACGACAUUGACCAGCCGUACCCCAGCGAGAUUGACGACGAGUACAUAACAAACGACGGCAUCCUGACGCCACCGCCGGGUACCUUCUCCUUUUUUGAGGCAUUCAACGCCCACACCCGCCUGAUGGAGAUCUUGGCCAAGAUCCUCAAGUUCGUCUACCCCUUGAAGGGGCUCGGCCAGAGCGUAAUGAAGGGCGACAAGCCGGGGGCGACGUACCUCAUCAGCUACGCCAACAUUAAGAGGAUCGAGGCCGAGUUGCAAGAGUGGUACGAGGUCCUGCCUGCGCAGUGGAGGCCGAGACCAGACGGCCCCGUGGAAGUUAUUCGAGUGCGCCAUUUGCUGCGGUUUGCCUACGCACACGUCCAACUGGUCCUCUACCGCCCGUUCCUGCACUACGUCUCCCCUCGCCUCAGCAUGGGCAAGAACAUUGACGAGCUCUCGUACGCCUGCGCCGCGGCCUGCAUCAGCGUGUCGCGCAACAUUGUGCACAUCGGUAUUGAGAUCCGCAAGCAAAACGUGCUGGCCGGUCCGUACUGGUUUAUGCUGUUUACCGAAUUCUUUGCCAUCCUCUCUCUCGUCUUUUACUCGAUUGAGAACCCAGAAAAGAUUGGAUCGGCAGAGGUACUGGAAGAUGCCAUUGCAGGCAGAGACAUGGUCUCGAAGCUGCAGUCCAAGAGCCAGGCCGCCGACAGGGUCACAGAGGCCCUCAACGUUCUGUUUGAACAACUACCGGAGAGACUCCAAGAGGCCAAAUCCCGGCCAAUCCCUACCAAGAAGCGAUCGGCACCUGGGCAAAAGGCCAGCUCGAUGCCGGUUCACGGGCACCCGGCCCUGCAGCCAGGCAUGGGCCAGCGCCGCUCCGAGGAACUAAGCCGACCGUCGAGCGUAGUUAUGGCCCACGGAAGGAUGGCACAGGUGCCGCUUCGUGCGUCUUUUGACGGCGUGCCCAUCUCCGAGGCAGGAUACCAGGACCCGUCCCUCGCGAGCAACAUCCAGGACCUCCUCGGGAUGGACAUGUCGUCACGCGCGACGCCAGACUCGGUGAGCACGUCGGCCAGCUCAACGCAGCGCCCACCACAAGGAUUCCCACCGCCGCACAACAUGAAUCAUAUCAGUAAACUCGACUCCCUCAUGUUCCCGUCAGAGGAUCCGUUCGCCUACCCCAAUCAACCGAUGAUGGAACUGGGAUACCAAAAGCCCGGGACGAACAACGUCAGCGGCCCGCAGGAGACGUUUAUGAUGCCCGGCGCAUUCGACGACAUUGACACCCAGCUCCUCGGCCAGUCUCCCGCGUACUAUCUGCAGGGACAAGGACAGCAGCAGCAGCAGCAGCAUUCACACCACCAGUCUAGCUACGACCUAUCGAGCAUGUACCAGCAGCACUCGGGCUACUCUGGCAUGCCGGACGCGGCCCGGAUCGAACAGGCACGACGAGCGCACAUGCAGCAGCGGCCCGCGGAGCUCGAGAGAAUGCUCGCAGAGACUGGCUACCAGAGCAACUGGGCAGGCAUGCUCGGCAGGAACGGAUUUCAGGGCCUAUAG